UUCCGAUUCGUAAAUUUCGCACCCCGCGCGAUAAUCUACGAUUUUUAUGAAUUCUACAUUUCAUAAUGAGUCGUCAGUCAUUUAUUGAUAACUACUUCAAGAUGAAAGGAAGUAGGUCUAGUCCUCCAUCACUGGAAGCAAAACAUAAUAUCUGUGCCAAAAAGGUUAAGAAACGUAGUUUGAGUUUGAUAAAGCCGAUAACACCAACCAAAAGUCCAAAAGUAAGUAAAGAAAUAAAAAAUGUACAACAUAGUGAUGAGGAAAACAUUUGGGAGAAUUCUUGUGUAGUAGACCUUACACUCUCUGGCGAAAGCGAAAAAACGUCUGAAUCGUCUACGAGCACUAUUAUAUACAGUCCUGAAAAAAAUCUUAAUCAUCUGACAAGACCCCUUAUAAAUGACUCACCUUCACCAACCUUCACUCCUUGUUUUUCACCAAACACUGCACAGGAGAGUCUUGUACCAAAAACAGAGUUAGAUAGUUGUAACGCUGAAACAAAUCAGGGUAAUAAUAAUACACCAAGUGUUGUUAAAAACUUUCGAAGAACUAUUGAAAUAGAGAAUAGUGAAGACACACGGCAAGAGUUGCAUAAUUACCAAACUCCUCAAAAAUCUAAAGUUACAUCUACACCACAAUCUUCUCAACCAUCAACAAGUAUAAGUCCAAGGGCUAAAGAGAAGUUUUUUUCGCCAACCAAGAAAAGGAGUGUUGUUAAAAGAACUCACAAUACAGCAAAGAGAAGUUUAGGCAUGGAGAUGUCAAGCAGGCAGCCUUGCAGGAUACUGUUUGAAGAAGAUUUGUUCACUGCUGCAUGUGAUGGCAUGGAUGAUAAGACCAUAUUCCUUCUAGAAAUUAUCGACAAGUUUCUAAAUGAAGUGUCUAUGAGAAAGCUAUUAACUGAGGAAUCUCAGAUACUUCUAACUGACUGCCUACAAGUGGUGAAGCCGGGAAUGCGUCUUGUCUGCCGGUUGUACUGGCGCAAAGAAGGGUGGUACCAACACGAACAAAUUUCAACUAUAUGUUCCAAAGAGAAUGAUCCCCUAGACAAGUUCGAUUUUCAGCAGGCGAUGAAAUCAUUGCUAGAGAAAAAGCUGCUUGUUUCAGACACCACAGAAAACAUCACUUUCAACGAUUAUGCUUCUAUAUUGAAGAAAGAUGAUUUAACGCAAAUAUGCAAAGAGCUGAAAAUAAAGAAAAAUUCAAAGAAAGGUGCCAUAGAAGCGUUGUCAACCUUCUGCAAACAGAAAACUAACAUCAGCAACUUUCUAUCGGGCUUCAAGAGUUCCAACGCAGCACGGGUGCUGCAAAUGAUGCGUUUAAAGGCUGGCUCUUGCUAUAAAUUGUCAGAUCUUGCACGCCGCACCCUGAAUGAAUUGUACAUUCUCAUGUAUUUAGGUAUGGACUACACUAUAAUAAGGGAGAAAAGACUGGAAUUGGUGUUGAUUUAUGAUAAAAUUAAAAGGGAGACUUAUCCAAUAGAUAAGGAUAUGGAACUGGAUAAUGCGAGUGUCGUGUUUCGGACAAGAGAUGAGUUUCAGAGAUACUUAACAGCACAUGACACUUACGAAGAUUUCCUAACAAGAACUGACGUGGUUGAGAAGUGUAACAUUGUAAAACAAGUUUACAAUUUGUAUAAAAGGAUCACUCUAGGCGAGAUGGAAAGCUACGAAUCUUUACCAAAAUGGCUGCACAGGUUCACCCCAGCGAACAUAUACAUUAAAAUAUUGGAGACUGGCAUACAAGAUCUGAAGAGGGUGAUGCAGUACGAACUGGCUGUGGACAUCCUCACCACGUUGAUUAACAACACGACUUUCAGACAACAUAGGAAAGCGGAUUGGUACGCUGAAAAGGCGUUGAUAUUACACAGUUGCUUGUAUGAACAUAAUGAUGCGGCAGAGCUACUUCUGAAGGGAUUUCGUUGUCCCACCAUGUCAGAAGAAGCUAAAGACAGUAUCCGUCCGCGGGCGCGCAAGAUAGCUUACCAGAAGAACGCACCACUUUCUGACUCCUUGAAGGAGCAGUUGAGGGUAUUUACAGAUAAAGAGGAGAUAUUAGAGAAUAAUCUCUGUUGCAAACAUAUCUACAAGCAGCCUAUGGAUCGUAUUGGAAAGCAUGGUAAGGUCAAGUUUGAGACGCGCACGCCUGAAGGCCGCACGAUGCAAGAAGCCGAGGAGUACUGCAUCGAUCACUACAAACACACCGGCGAAUUCACCCACGGUGAACACUGGGAGGGCCGGAUAGUGAAGUUACUAUUCUCCCUUUUGUUCUGGGACAUCAUAUACUCCAAGCCGGCAGGCGCGAAAGGGGUUUUCCUCUCUCACUAUCAACUAUGUCCUCUCGACCUGUUCACCGACGCAUUCUACGACAAUCGCAAGAAAGACAUCGACAGUCGACUCAGCGUCAUAGAGGCAGCCAGUGAAGAGAAACUAUCGAGCUUGUUAGACGAUGCUUGGAAUAACAGGCCAGAAGGUGAACUAUCCGAGUUUCCCCGCGGCGGUAUAACCCUGAAUCAAGUGAAAGAAGUGUCGUCCUGCCUACGUCCUAGCGGCGUGGCGGCGCUCUGUAGCCGGCUGGGCAGGCACUAUCGCUACGCUCGCAGCGGCUUUCCCGACCUCACGCUCUGGCACGUCACGGACAGACGGAUAAAGUUCGUGGAAGUGAAGACAGACUCGGACAAGCCGUCGAUGAAGCAGAUCCAAUGGAUGCAGUACAUGCGCGAGCGCGGCGUCGCGACAGAGUUCUGCUACGUCGGCGUGCACACCACGCGCCAGCGGUCGAGGCACAAACCCGGCCCUGACACAACGGCCUUGCCCUCGCCAAGACCCGACCUGUAACGAUUACGUACCUGGACACUAUAGUAAUGUCACGCCCCGGAUGCGUAGUUAGAAAUGCUAGGUCAAUACAUCCCCGUCGGCCGAGACGAACUGAUACGUCCCAGACGGUGACAAACUGGAGUAGGAUUUUUAUGAUAAUAUGCGUUAAAAUUUGCUAGAAACCCUCAGUUCGUCUCGGUCGGCGGACGUUUUGAACUAGCCUUGGUAUAAGAAGCAUUAAUGCUCAAUCCUAUGACAAGCCGCCAUUGCUAACCCAUUGAUGACGUAAGUGUAACCAUUCAAUUGGUAUCUCCAACAGUCCAAGAACGUAAAUUUUAUUAUUGAAAAUUAAGUGAAUUACUGACUAAUGUAUUUAAUUACUAGUACUUGUCACAUAUAUGAAAAUCAUUAAAACUGUAAACCUUUUACUAAAAGUACAAAAUUUCCUUGCAAAGUAAAUUAAAAACAUUCGACGUGGUUAAUUUAUUUUUUACGAAAUGGCAACGCAGGGUCGGAUGACGUCAGCUGGGGUAAGCAGCUGUUAGUUUUGAGCAUACCUGGACUUAUACAAUGGAAUUAGCAUUUCUAAUUACGCGCUCCGUACCGCAGAGUACAUAAUAAUACUAACAUAUCACCAGUUCAUAACGCCAUAACCUUUGCUGAACUCUGGCCUUUAUUCGGUGACUACGGCACCCAUGUACAUUUAUAAUUUGUGUUUAUUUUUUUAUUUUAUUCUUAAGUUAAGUAAAAUAAUGUUUUUAAAUUGUGUAAUUAAAUGUAUAUGUGUGUUGUGGUUUGUCAGAAAUAAACGUAUUUUAUUAUUGUUAUUAUCAAUAUAUGUCUUUUUAAGAUCGAAUAUUUUAGUAAACGCAGUGAUGGCGGUUGAAGUAUAUUUUUCAAAACAAGUGUGCCUUAUCUAAUGUUUAGUGACUUUAAAACAUUUUAUGUGAAAAAUACGGUGUGAUUUCAACGAAAACAUAAGAAACAGUGUCAGUAGUUUAUUUAGAAGGUUCAGUCUUAUUGAGAUGUACCUACAUUACAGAAGGUCUUGAGGGAAUGCAGUAGAGGCUUUGUGAAUGUUCAGGUUGAUUGCUAAAGUUACCUGGUGCUAUUCUUAUCAAUUUUGCAGAAGGCCGCUGCAAGAAUGUGUUUUAUUUUGAUAAGUACAUACCAUCAUGGAAUAUUUUAAUUUAGAUAUUAAAAAUAAGAUUAAAAAAAAAUGACAUUUCUAGUCACACAAUGAAAAUGUUACGAUAUUUGAGUCAAUAUAUAUAUAAUGAUUUUUGUUUAUAUAGCACUCGGGGGUGAGGUAAGCUCAGACGCUGGUGCCAUGGUGGGGAGCGGAGAGUUGCCGUUCUAUACGUAGUAUAUUAUUCCUUAUUCUAUGGUAAUGCUUAACACGCUCGUCCCGGCUUGACAAGAACUGAUUCAAGUCGCAUCCGAGUGAGAAUUUUUUCGAUUAAAUUUUCUCAUUGUCAAUAUACAUAAGUAUAUACAUAACUGUGACAUGUGAUAGAAACCGCAGAGGUCUGUGUAGCUAUAUGGAUGGAAACCUAUAAUUUUCGGUUAGAUUUCUAUAUGAUGUGAUUUUCGAUUAUUUUGCAUUAAAAUAUUUAUAACACUAAGUAUAUUAUAUAAAUUGCAAUUAAACCUCCCUAAUAAAUAACGUAGUAUAAUAUAUUAGUUCCUGCAUGGUAAUGCUAAUUAUAGAAUGAAAAGGACUUCAUUCUAUUCGAAACCUAUUGAUUGAUUGUGUUAGCACAUUAACAUAAAAAGGAGAUUGACCAAAGUCGUUUGGAACUUGGGUCCCCAUGUCCACCACUAACGACACCUGCGAAAUAUACCACUAAAUACCUAGUAGUAAAUACGAAAAUCGCAGUUGUAAAUAUGCUGCCAGUAAAAAGUUAUGGCUAAAUGAAAAAUCACUUUUUUAUGGGAAAAUAUUUUCUACAUCAUUGUACCGAACCCACAUUUCUAACUAAUUCGGGCUCGGUUGAUUUGUCUUGGCCAGAUUUCUGGUGCUACAUGAUAUCCGCCGUCUGAAGAUGGAGCCGGCAGGCGGUAAAAGGAGUGGAAUUCUCUGCUGUCUUUUGUGUUUUCGAAUGCAUAUAACCCGGGUGCUUUUAAGGCCAGAGUGAUCAGCCAACUUCUAGGCGAGCUCGCUCCAUCUUAGGCCUCGUCAACGCCUUCGGGCAAAUCUGGGCCCAAGAGCAAACCCAUAAAAGGUAAUAAAAAGGAACUCUGUUACAAAACCAUGCAAACUUUUGGUCAAUCUCCUUAAAAGCUUUUAUAUUAGCAUUUUUAUUUUAUCAAAUAGAAUUAAGUGACUAAGUUUUAUAAGUUAUCUCUAAUAUAGUGUUAUCAUCUAUAAAUUUAUUGUUUACGUGUUUAUAAGUAGGUAGUAAGUACAUAGAAUUGGUGUAAGUACAUGUGAGGCUUUAACAAUUGCAACGAGGGACUUUCCAGGUUACGUUUUCAAAAAAAUAUAGAUGGCGUUGUCCAGAUUUAACGUGAUAAUAACAUAAUUACUCAAAAAUACAAUUUAAUAGCAGAAGCAUAUAUAAAAAUAAUUUUUGCUUGAUAUUUUUAUCACAUUAUGUAUAGAAUUAUGUGGCUUCCUAUAUUGCUUCUUUUUAUUUUGAUCAGAGUAAUAAUGGGUGGAAGAUGUAAUUGUGCCUGGGUAUAAUAAAAAGGGUCAUCAUUCAUACCCAAAAACAUAAUUAGAUAUUCAUGAAAUUAGAAGGAAAAUCUAUAUUGAAGCGACAUCUAUAUUGUUUUUGAAGAACGAACCCUGGAAAGCUUAAUUUCGAACUGAGGGCGUAAUUUUUAAAUCUGUGAUUCUCGUUAUAAUUAUUUUUGGUCUAUGGUGGUGAAAAUAUAAAAUAUAUUUAUACAAAUCAUUAUUUUCUUUUUAAAUGUACUUAGACAGUAGUCUAUUGCUUUUCAUUUUACGAUUUUUUUAUGUGAUGUAAACAUAACAUAGAUAAGUGGUCAAUCGUCUUGUCACCUAAUAUCUGAGUCUGUCACAUAAUGAUAGUCCGCCAUUGGUUUGUCAUAAUAAGUCAUCGGGUUAAUUCAAUUUUGUAAUUUAUGUACCUAUAUUCAAACGGCUUUUCUACGAAUUUUCUGUGCAAAUAACCAUCGGACGGAACAAGAAUUACGGACUCUUAUAAUAGCUCUAUGUUUUCUAUAUACAUACCGCUUAUAUGCAUGUCGGCGGUGUCUGCACUUUCAGUGAUAUACCUGUACUGCAAGAAUCGCACCGGUAAACGGGGAUAUAUGGAUGUGAAGGAAAAACCUAACGACGGAUGAGGCAGGCCCAAGUUUAUUUUGAUCACAGCCCGAACCGGACACUUCGUACAGAAAUCACGGACUUACCUCGUGCGAGUGAGGGAGACAGACAGCCGCGCGCCUUCACUUAUUCUUUAACGGAUUACGGCAUCCCCCAUCGGAGAGGCUGGAGUGAAUAUACCUCGUAUCGGUGAGGGGCGGAGUGUUCUUACUAUACGUCAUGGCAUACAAAACCAGUAGGCUCUGCACGGCGCGAAUUAUAUCGAAGCUUUCGACCAAUAGCCAUUUGACGUCCAUUACAUAUAGCAUUCGUAUCGUUUAUUGGUCGAAGCGGUCGAUAUAAUUCGCGCCGCGCGGUUAUCAUGCAGACCCGGCAGUAUGCUCUAUCCUAUGAAAAGCCGCCAUUGCUAACGGUUUGAUAACGUAAAUGUUACAUGAGUGUUACCAUUAAAUUGGUAUUUCCAACACUCCUAGGACUUGAUUAAAUAGGGUAUUUUACUAGUCAAAUCAGUUACUUUUUAUUAAACAUCAAAACACGAAAUUACUUUGGAAUUUGUACGAAAAAACACUGUGACGUCAUAGAAAAACGUGAUAAAAUGUCGUACUUAUUACGUUUUUCUUGAUCGAAAUUCAUAAACAAGUUAAAUAGAAAAAGAAAAUGUUUUUCGUUAGUUUUAGAUUUGUCUUUAUUUAGUAAUCAGAAUUUCGUAAUUUAUCUUGAACCUAGUACACAACCCAAUUACUGAUUACGUACUUAAUUACUGUCACUUGUUACAUUAUAGUCUACAGUUUUAACUGUAAGUAAAUAUUUUACUAAAAGUUUAAAAUUGCAUUGAAAAAUGAAUUAUAAACAUUUCUAGUCGUGGUAAUUUAUUUUUUUACAAAAUGGCAACGGAGGGUGUGAUGACGUCACCGCGGCUAACCUUGAAAUGUUAGCUGUCACUUUUGAGCAUACCUGUAGUGCUAUCAUGCGCAACGUGAUAGAAUUUUGUCACCGUCAUUUCAUCGAUUCUGACGAUAUAAUUGUCAUUUUGUCGAUUGGUGAACCCAAAUAAGCCAUGCCGUUCUGUCAAAAUAUGAACAGAAUCAUGUGCCACGCAAAUAAGGGGAAAAACAACCUUAUCGAUUUCGACAAAAUUUAUUCAAAUUGAAAUUCAAAAAUAUCUUUAUUCAGUAGGUAACAUAGUUACACUUUGAAUCGUCAUUUUUUACAUAACGAACGUCUCAUCCGCCUAAAACUACUGCAGCUUUUCACAACCUGUAUAGCCGGGGAAAAGAAGCUGCAAGAAAAACCUCGGCACAGGGCCCUAGACGUUCUUUAAAAAAAAAACAAAACAAAAUAUUGUUAUACAAUUGAGUAAUUUAGCUGCCUAAUAUCAAUAUUGAAUCUAUCGAUAAUUUUACCACGUGGCGCAUGUUAGUCCUGCUGAUUUUGUUAUGCCAUGAUAUAUGUAGUACUAUUGGUUAUUCUAUGCUUUGAUAAUGCGUAAGUUUGAUAGUUAUGUUCGCGAGAGCCGUAGUUAUAUAGAAUGCUGUUUUUCAACUUCCAAGUUGUUUAGUUUAAGACCAAUGUUCCUAUUGAAACUUGGAUUUACCUUAGGUGUGCGAACUGUUUAUGACUUAGAUAUAUAUACGAUGAAUUUGUUAUAAUUAAAUAUUAAAGCUAAAUAA